AUGGCACAGAAGCUGCGGAUGUACACGACAUUCGUCACCAAAGGCCAAUUGCAGAGUACAAUAGCUACCAACGCCUACUUGCUUACAAGCCCUGGGAGGUCACGAGCGUGGAAGGCAAUAGCCGCACUCUUACCAUUAUUGAGGGUGAAGAUGGUCAUCUUCGGAUGUCCUACGGUGGUGCUGAGUGGACGGAGGACACACGAGCUGAAGAUGAAGGUCCAGGAUGGUGCGAGGAAGCAGAGUGGUAUGAAGCAGACGACUGGGGCUGUCCGCAUGGGAACGAAAAGGUCCAAAGGAAGAGGACGGUUCACUGUGGUUUCCCAUGCGCGAGAAUCGAAAGAUUGGAAUUAA